GGGGAGGGCUGAGCUGCGCUUCAUGCCCUGCGCUGCCCAGACUAGCGAACAAUACAGUCAGGAUGGCUAAAGGUGACCCCAAGAAACCAAAGGGCAAGAUGUCCGCUUAUGCCUUCUUUGUGCAGACGUGCAGAGAAGAACAUAAGAAGAAAAACCCAGAGGUCCCUGUCAAUUUUGCGGAAUUUUCCAAGAAGUGCUCUGAGAGGUGGAAGACGAUGUCCAGGAAAGAGAAAUCUAAAUCUGAUGAAAUGGCAAAGGCAGAUGAAGUGCGCUAUGAUCAGGAAAUGAAGGAUUAUGGACCAGCUAAGGGAGGCAAGAAGAAGAAGGAUCCUAAUGCUCCCAAAAGGCCACCGUCUGGAUUCUCCCUGUUCUGUUCAGAAUUCCACCCCAAGAUCAAAUCCACAAACCCCGGCAUCUCUAUUGGAGACGUGGCAAAAAACCUAGGUGAGAUGUGGAAUAAUUUAAAUGACAGUGAAAAGCAGCCUUACAUCACUAAGGUGGCAAAGCUGAAGGAGAAGUAUGAGAAGGAUGUUGCUGACUGUAAGUCGAAAGGAAAGUUUGAUGGUGCAAAGGGUCCUGCUAAAGUUGCCCGGAAAAAGGUGGAAGAGGAAGAUGAAGAAGAGGAGGAGGAAGAAGAGGAGGAGGAGGAGGAGGAUGAAUAAAGAAACUGUUUAUCUGUCUCCUUGUGAAUACUUAGAGUAGGGGAGCGCCGUAAUUGACACAUCUCUUAUUCGAGAAGUGUCUGUUGCCCUCAUUAGGUUUAAUUACAAAAUUUGAUCACGAUCAUAUUGUAGUCUCUCAAAGUGCUCUAGAAAUUGUCGGUGGUUUACAUGAAGUGGCCACGGGUGUCUGGAGCACCCUGAAACUGUAUCAAAGUUGUAGAUACUUCCAAACAUUUUUAAAAUGAAAAGGCACUCUUCAUGUUCUCCUCACUCUGUGCACUUUGCUGUUGGUGUGACAAGGCAUUUAAAGAUGUUUCUGGCAUUUUUUUUUUUAUUUGUAAGGUGGUGUUAACUAUGGUUAUUGGCUAGAAAUCCUGAGUUUUCAACUGUAUAUAUCUAUAGUUUGUAAAAAGAACCAAACAACCGAGACAAACUCUUGAUGCUCCUUGCUCGGCGUUGAGGAUGUGGGGAAGAUGCCUUUGGAGAAGCUGUAGCUCAGGGCGUGCACUGUGAGGCUGGACCUGUUGACUCUGCAGGGGGCAUCCAUUUAGCUUCAGGUUGUCUUGUUUCUGUAUAUAGUUACAUAGCAUUCUGCUGCCAUUUUAGCUGUGGACAAAGGGGGGUCAGCUGGCAUGAGAAUUUUUUUUUUAAGUGCGGUAGUUUUUAAAUUUUGUUUUUAAACAAACUGUAGAACUCUUCAUUGUCAGCAAAGCAAAGAAUCACUGCAUCAAUGAAAGUUCAAGAACCUCCUAUACUUAAACACGAUUUGCAACGUUCUGUUAUCUUUUUGUAUG